CGUUGAUCUUGAGAAGUGAUGUCGAACCGCAUCGUGGCCGCAGCGACAUUCCUUGCUGUGGGGGUCCACGGAUACUAUCCUGGCAACAUGACAAGUACUCUGAAUCGGUUUGCCUUUGGCUCAUGCAACGACCAGUCGAAGCAUCAAAUGUUAUGGCCUGUGAUCACCGCCAAAGACCCACAACUGUGGCUUUGGCUCGGCGACAAUAUUUACGGGGACAUUCGAAUUUGGGAUCCGAACACCCCUUCGAAAGGUGUCUUCCGCCCAGCGCCGCCCGACGUCCUUGCCGCGAAAUACCAGCAACAGCUCGACCACCCCGACUACAAACUCUUUCGCGAGCGGUUCCCAAUCAUUGGCAUCUGGGAUGACCAUGACUACGGUAUCAAUGACGGGGACAAGACGUAUCGCUAUCGGCAAGAAAGCCAGCAACUGUUCUUGGACUUCCUAGACGAGCCGCAGAGCUCUCCGCGACGACUCCAAGAGGGCAUUUACACAUCGUAUGUGGUUGGCAGUGGGGCGAAGCGUGUCAAGUUCAUUCUGCUGGACAAUCGAUAUCACCGAGACCCGUACGCAAGUGCAGAUGGAGAUUUUCUCGGACACACCCAAUGGAAAUGGCUCGAGCAUGAAUUAGCAACGUCCAAUGCGACGUUCAACGUGAUUGCUUCAGGCAUUCAAGUGCUGCCGGAUGAUAGAUGGUACCAGAUCGGAGAGUCCUGGUCCAAGUUUCCAAGGGCGCGGCGGCGCCUGCUGUCGCUCGUCCAGACCUCCCGCGCAUCGGGGGUUGUGCUCUUGAGUGGGGACGUGCACUUUGCUGAAAUCAACCAAGUGCGUUGCGGCGACUCGUUCCACGUGACGGAAAUCUCAAGCUCGGGGAUGACCCAUGCCUGGAAACUCAUGAAUCGCAUCGUCGGGCCUGGGUUUACCUUGGCCAACAUGAUCCUGCCGUGGCACUUCCGCGCCCGUCCCCGGGAAUACUACGCGUCGUUCAACUUUGGCGACGUGGUGCUGGACUGGACUGCGUCCCCACCCACGGCCACGGCGUCCGUCUACGGCAAGGAUGGACUCGUGAAGCUCCGCCAAGUGGUGCCGGCCGAGCGGUACACUGGGGACGCGCCCGCGGCAUGCGGCCCUAUCCAUCACGUGUCCCCGGCGUCCUUUUUCCUGCUGCAAGUGGCCGUCUCGGUCGUGCUCGUCGCUUUCGUCGCCAGCAUUCUCGUGAAUGCGGUUGUGGUCGUUGUGGUGCCGCUUCAGCUGCUGUGGCGGCUGGUUGGAUUUGUUCGAGCGCCGAAAUUCAAACGCGACUGACACACAUUUGAAAGGACUUGGGAUGAGAGAAUGCCGUACUACUACUUACUCUAUAGUACUUAAUCAGUAUUGGCAACACAAUCGUGCAGAACGAUUUAUAUAUCAUGUUGCGAAUUAUAUUAUGUUGCGAAUUAUAAUAGAGUUUCGGUCAAGAGGUCCAGAAC